AUGGAGGAGAUUGUUUUGGAACCAAAGGAUGCAGUUGAUUGGUCAUAUAGAGGCGAAGGAGCUGUUAAUUUGGUUCUCGCUUACACUGGAUCUUCUCCUACUUUCUUGGGAAAGAUAUUGAGGAUACAGAAAAUGCCAAAGGAUGGAAAUAUAAAUGGAGACAAAAGUGAAAAUGGUCUUACCACUCAUGAAAAGCUUAUUUGGGGAGACAUCAAGGAUCUUGUAUCAUGCCAGAACAAGGAGAUUGAGGAGUAUUUGUUUGUCAAACAUGUCAUGAGACCUUUGUUUGGUCAUAAACAUGUCAAUCCUGGAAUACGUCUUCUUGUAGCAAAGGAGUUUCUUGAAUAUGUUGACAGUAUUAUAUCAUCUCAACGUCCUUCUUGGCGAGCUAAUGCAGCCAGUGUGGAUACUAACCGGAGUUCCGUGCUUCUUAUGGAUGAUUUGACACUAUUCGCCCACGGUCAUGUUGAGGAUAAACCAUGCUUAAGUGUUGAAAUAAAGCCCAAAUGUGGAUUUCUUCCAUCUUCAAGUUUCAUAGCAGAAGAAAAUGUUAUUAAGAAGAGUGUAACUCGUUUUGAAAUGCACCAGUCUCUGAAGUUUAAAGAAAACGAGAUCACAGAAAUCAGUGAGUAUGAUCCCUUGGACCUUUUCUCUGGAUCAAAAGAUAGAAUACACAGAGCAAUAAAAGCACUCUACACGACACCUCAGAACAAUUUCCGCGUGUUCUUGAAUGGAUCUUUGGUGUUUGGAGGCUUAGGUGGUGGCAUAUGCAAAACAACCUCAAAAGUUGAACUAGCGUUUGAGCAUAUGCUCAAAGAUAUCAUCAAGAUCGAUGAUGGCUUACGUGCAGAUCGUUUCAUAGAGCUAGUAGCAGAAUCUGUUUACUCAUCCGGAGUUCUAGAUCAACUUCUAGAUGUCCAAAAGCUCGAUAAAUAUAACAUCGAGGGAGUGAUUCACCUGUACUAUGACUUGAUUGACCAGCCAUGUAAAGUGUGCAGAGAGUUGGAGAAGAUCAGUAAACCAUCAAAUCAAUAUAGUUCCAUGCAUUCGAUUCCACUGGAUGAAAAAGUGAAUAUUUUGAAGGAUUUUCUAAUAUCUGCCACUGCAAAGGAUUGUAGUGUAAUGAUAAGUUUUAGAUCAACAGAAGUUGGGUUAUCAAGAUCAUCUUCACACAGUAAUCUGCAUCUUGAAUCAACAAAGCAAGAGUUUGAGUACAAGGUACAUUUCAUUGAUCUUGAUAUGAGACCUUUGAAGAAAAUGGAAGUCUAUUACAAAUUAGACAAGAAGAUCAUGAACACAUACCUAGAGAUGCUGAAGAAGAAAGGAAAUCAUCAACCUUGA